AUGGCAUACAAACUGGCCCAACUUGGGGCUGAUAAGGUCAUUGAGGCGCCCUAUAAGGUCACAGGCGUUCCCCUCCGUAGUUUGGAAGAGGACGCUAGCGCCUGUAUCGUCCCGUUGAUCCGAGUUAUGUGGACCGGGCGUUGGGCAAGGAGCCAUAGGUCCAGGGUACGGUCAGAUGGACAAGGUCAGUACCCCCGAGCACACCAGGAGUUUGGCUGCGUGCCCGCCAAGUUCCCCAACUCCUUAGGGUCUUCACAGUGCAUUCUAGAUCACGCCUGUGAGGGUUCUCCUAGUGGAAACGGGCAUCCUCUCGAUGCCAUCUGCGAUGAUGUCACGCCCACUGGAAGGCUAGUUAGGGUACAGAUGCUAGAUGGGAGCCAUUGGUCGGUGCGUCCCUGCCUCGUCAAACCCGCCGAUGACGCCUGCGGGCGUAGCCUUGUUGAAAGCGAUGACAAUGUACCAAACCUAGUAUGCUUGCGUGAUGAACAAGCGAAGGGUGCUCGAGUAUUGGUUGGGGCGGUAGCCUGCCCGAAGUUUGAAGGGUUCAAAGGUUACGGUUCCACAUGCUCUUCUCUGAGCGAUUAUUCUAUGAUCGACGGUCGUGCCUCGGAGAUUGAUGGACAAGCGGGUACUCGAGUAUCUGUUAAUGCCGACCACCCCCCAUAUGGUGUAGAAGGACUUUCUCGUGAGGAUGGUUACGGAGAGGUUGUUGACAAGACAAGUCGUAGGGAAGAUGACUAUACGGUUAUGCAGUCAGGAGUUCAACUACGACCACUACUAUGUCAUACUGUAACCAAAGGGACUAGAGGUUCGUCCUCCAGUUCGUCUAAUUCAACUACUAUUUUGCAAGCGGAAAAAGGUAUUCAAGUAGAAGACAAGGACGGCCAAGGCCCCCAUGAGCCAUUCUUGUCAACUACAACCGAUCAACCUGGGGACGCUCAGGAAGACGGUGAAUUAACUCAAGAUCAACGUGUUGAUAGGGUUACCAAUAAGGAUUACCCCGAGGACGGCAACGAUGAUCAACGCGGGCAACAGAGACUCCAUAACGCCUCUGACAAUAAGCAGGAGAGAAAGGAAGAGUAUGAAGAAGAUAAGGUGAACGAUGAGAAUAAGAGGGAUACUGCAAAUGAUAAGAGGAGAUAUGGAGAGAGUGGAAAGCGAUACAACCCUUAUGAUGGGAGCUCUGGAAUAUGGUGGAAGGAGAAGUAG